AUGGAAAGCUGUCACCCAAAUUUGAUUCCUGCUGAGCCGGGUCUACAUCUCAGUUCUGCUAUGGCCCCUAAAACCAAAGAGGAAGAAGAAAAAAUGAAGGAAGUUCCGUAUCAGAGUGCAGUUGGAGCUCUUCUGUAUCUCUUAACCACGACACGGCCUGAUAUUGCUUAUGCUGUGAGCAAAGUAGCACGGUUCAAUCAGAACCCAGGGCCUCAACACUGGAUUGCUGUCAAACGCAUUAUUCGUUAUCUUGCCGGAACCAAGGAAUAUGGGAUAAUCUUCUCUUCAACAAAAGAACAAGGAGCGCUGGGAUUCACUGAUACUGACUAUGGCGGAGAUCAUGACGACAGAAAGUCAACAUCAGAAUGCAUCUUUUUCCUAAAUGGUGGGCCUAUCUCAUGGUUCAGCCGCAAGCAGGAAUGCACAGCCACCUCUACAAUCGAGGCGGAAUUUGUGGCCGGAAGUGAAGCGGCCAAAGAGGGAACUUAG